AAAAAAAAAAAAAAAAAAAACACGGUUUGAGUGGUGUAUUUUAGGAAGGUGAAAAAUGGGACAUGUGGUGGUCGCAGAAAAGAGAGGCAGGUGUGUGAAUCGAUAAAAGCAAAGGAAUCUUAUCAUACGAAACUAUCCAGAUUACAGAUCGCAUAGAUCAGAUCUGGCAUCUGGGGUUCUAUCUGGACACUUGACUUCUGCUGGAGAAAGAGAUUGACAUUCAUUUUACAUUUUUACAUCCAAUCCAUACAUACCCAGAGAUGCAGUACAACAACCUCGGGCGGUCCGGUUUGAAGGUGAGCCAGCUGUCGUACGGCGCAUGGGUUAGCUUCGGCAACCAACUGGAUGUGAAGGAAGCCAAGUCACUCCUCCAGUGCUGCCGCGAUCAGGGCGUAAACUUCUUCGACAACGCCGAGGUGUACGCCAAUGGAAGAGCGGAGGAGAUUAUGGGUCAGGCAAUCAGAGAGCUCGGUUGGAAAAGAUCAGACCUUGUUAUAUCAACUAAGAUAUUCUGGGGAGGAGCUGGACCGAAUGACAAGGGUCUUUCUCGGAAACAUAUUAUUGAAGGUACUAAAGCAUCUCUGAAGCGUCUUGAUAUGGAUUAUGUUGAUUUGAUAUACUGUCACAGACCAGAUUCAUCAACACCCAUUGAAGAGACUGUUAGGGCUAUGAAUUAUGUUAUUGAUAAGGGUUAUGCUUUUUACUGGGGUACCAGUGAGUGGUCUUCUCAACAGAUCACCGAGGCUUGGUCUGUUGCUCAUCGUCUUGAUUUGAUUGGCCCUGUUGUUGAGCAGCCUGAGUACAAUCUUCUUUCCAGGCAUAAGGUUGAGUCUGAGUAUCUUCCUUUGUAUUCCAACUAUGGUAUUGGUCUCACCACCUGGAGUCCCCUUGCUUCCGGUGUUCUCACUGGUAAAUAUAACAAGGGUACCAUUCCUCCUGAUAGUCGUUUCGCCCUCGAUAAUUACAAGAAUCUAGCAAGCAGGUCCUUGGUUGACGAUGUCCUCAAAAAAGUCAACGGACUAAAACCAAUUGCAGAUGAAUUAGGUGUAACCUUACCUCAAUUAGCCAUUGCUUGGUGUGCUGCAAAUCCUAAUGUCUCGUCAGUUAUUACUGGUGCAACCAAAGAAUACCAGGUUGAAGAAAAUAUGAAAGCUAUCAGUGUAAUUCCUAUGCUUACAGCUCCAGUAAUGGAGAAAAUUGAGGCCAUUGUUCAAAGCAAGCCUAAGCGUCCAGAAGCCUACAGAUGAAUGCGGAUGCAAACUGUGCUUUUUAUGGUUGAGCUUUUGGAUGAUCGCUCCAUUACUUAUUUCUUUCGUGAUUCUAUAGCAUUUUUACCUAGAACUUCGAUUGGUAUCACUUAGUUUGUACCUAUUUUUACAUAUCUGAUUUGAUACCUAUUUUGCUUUGGUUUGCUAUGAAUUUCAUUAAAUGCUACGUUGGGAUCAACUUGUUUGCCGUUGGUGCGUAGUAACUAUAAAAUGUUGAGGCUUGAGGCCAAAACAUGCUCCUGAGUUGUGUAUGUUAGUCUUGUUGUGAUUCAUUGUUGUGAUACAACCUUGUUAUUUGCUAUCAAAUUCAUGCAUUGAUGAAUCUCCAUGGAUAUUUGAGUAA